AGGGCAAAGCGUUGUUCCAAAGCCGGGGAGCUGCACAGUGGCAAAAGCCCGAUCAUCCCACUAAAUGAGCCUUGACCUUUGAAGAAUUAGGUCUCUGUAGGAAUUGGUGGCACAACUGUCUCUCUUUAUAAUACAAACCUCCAGGACAGAUGUUUUCAAUGGUUAUCUAAUUCACUUCCAUUCCGUAUCACAUUAAGGAUGCAUUAAAACCCAAAAACAUUAAUAUACCAUAUAUUCAUGAUUGAUUACAUUUAAGUGUGUCUGCAAAAGUGCCGAAUUCCGAAAGUCAUGAUGCCAAUUGGCAACGCGACGGCGAGUUACACCGCGACGAUUGGCAGCAGUACCGUGGACUCCCGGCUGUUUUACAACAUCUUCCAGAUUUUCAUCCUAUUCAUGACGGCCCCAUCUCUGUGUUUAUUUUUCUCUAUCACCAUCACGAUUUUCAUCGAAAUGAAGCUAAGGGAGAACUCGCGCUACAUUCUCUUCGCCAAUCUCCUCGCGUGUGACACCUUCUUCCUGCUUUACUCCACCAUCAUGGCUACUUUAAUUUGGCUACAGACGAAUUUAAGUUUGACGUCAUGCAACGUGAACACCAUGGUCAGCACAAUUCUGAACCAGAGCGGGGUUAUGUGCGUCACGCUCAUGUCCGUGGAGCGAUACGUGGCCAUUUGCCACCCCUUCCAUCACCCCCGCUGGUUCAGCCACCGCAAAACGCUUCAGUUCUUGGCCGUAAUUUGGUCAAUCGCUUCAGUGUUCCCGCUGGCAUCUGGAAUUCUGGUCUUCACAAGCGGCGUGACCGUGAACAACACUCGGACUUGUUCUUCGUAUCUCACCGACAGCCUGAUGCCCAACCCCAUGGCAAUCGCCGUGCUCAGAGAAUUCCCAAACGCCGUAAUUUUCACAGUCUGCAUCAUUGCGCUGAUCUUCACUUACUUCAAUAUAAUGAUGGCAGCUAGAAAGGCGUCCGAUGAUGUGUCUAAGGCGAAACGAGCCAAGCAAACUGUUGUUUUACAUGGCCUGCAGUUGUUUCUGUAUCUGUGUUCACUUGGUAACACAUUAUUUGCAAUCCUUUUUGCGAAAAUGACAUCAGAUCCUAACGUGAUGACAAUAUUAAGGUUAUGCAAUUAUUUAUUUCUUUAUUAUAGCUCAAGGUUUGUUGUUCCCUUAAUUUAUGGAAUACGUGAUAAACAACUUAGGCAGUGUCUUAGGAAGAAGAUCACCUGUCACUACAAUAGGGUGACUACAUUUUAAACCAUGCAAAAAAUGAACGUGAAUCUUACCAUUUGUGUCGUUAAAUGCUUUUAAAAUUGCAUUUCGUUCAAAUGCCUAAAUAUUUGUCUUAGUCUUGGGUCUUUCGGUAAAGUCACUUAGAUAGAUUCAAAAACUACGACGUUUCGAUCACAACACAAACGGUCGUCUUCAGGAAAAUUGAAGACGACCGCUUGUGCUGCGAUUGAAACGUCAUAGUUUUUGUUAUUUUUUGUUAUUUUCUUUGAACCUAUCUACGUGAUUUGACCGAAAGACCCAAGAGUAUGAAUUCCUGCAGUCACGAAAGCUUAAUGUCAAGAUUUAUUUGUCUUAGUAUAAAUGUAUGUUUAACUUCUUUGGCACCAUACACAGGCAGCCUCACUAAUCAGAGGUGUGGGGGAAGGACAACAAACUAAGCACAAACAGCAGUUCUACAGAAAUUAGUUUUCAAUCUAGAAAAUUCAUUUUUAAUCCAGAAAUUAGUUUUCAAAUGAGAUGUUCUUUUUUAGGCUGAUAAGUUGAUCAAAUACAUGAAUCUAUUCAUAUAAAGGAGACUAAUGUGGCUUUGUUGAGGUAAUAUAUGUUAAUAUUGUAAGACCGUAAAGUUGUAGGAAAACGCUUGAUGUUAAUCCGAAAAAAUUGCCUUUACAGG